ACUAAACAACUAAAGUCACACAAAUGAUCGCUUUUAUCGGGAUAUCGGGAUAGCAGGUGUCUCACGCCAAAGACAAUAGGCUAUUAAACUGAGAGCACGGAUAUAGCAGUCCAAUGUUUGGCAGACAAAAGCCGUGAGCCUUCAACUUUUGCCCCGCUAUCACAUCCUCGCCCCUAGAGGGCGCUGUGUCUCGGCUGCUCAGUCGAACAUCACAUUCCUCAUCUUCACCCCGGCAGCCAGCUGCUUUCACAUCCGGGCGGCUCUCUCGCUGCUCUUCAAUCGCAAUCCUAGUCCCUUCCCUGCGCUCUCGACCGGGGAGGUCUGUGGCUUCAGAAGAAACCCCUGAAUCCCGGGCCCUCUGUCGGCGUCUGGUACAGGGCCACUGAGGCGCUGCUUCCCCGCACAACCGGUCGCACAUGACGCGGGGUCCGCCGAUGGUGGUGCACGGCGCCGAGCGCUCCCCGUCGGUGCGACAUCUCCGCGCUGAAGUAGCAUCGCUGGCUAACGUUAGCUAGCAACAUCGAUCUCUCUGCUGCUCCACCCCCCUCUCCCUCCGGUCGACCCCCGCUACCGAUCCGUCACAUCAACAGUUGAUUGAUAGCUAACACUGGACCACCGAGGGCAACCCCCCUCCCUCCCCGAUCGUCCAUCGGCUAACGCAGGAAGCUCCCCUAACGUUUUAGGGCCCGUAAAGAGAGCAGCUUCGGAGUUUUAACCCGUGAUAUUUAGAUCACCGACCCCCUUUCCUCCUCCUCUAUGGCCUUUUAGGGGUCCGUUUCCUCUCUACCUCAACACCCUGAUGCCUCCCCGUCCCUGUGUGUAACCUCAGCUGCACUAUCACCCCGACUCUGAUCAGCCCACCUCCGAGCCCCACUGACACCGGCUCUGCUGCUUCUGACAAUCCGACCAAGGAGCGCUGCUCGGCGGGCACUGACUGCUGCGAACCCCGGCGGACAUCUCCGGUUCUCUCCCUCCCUCUCUCCCUUUUCUCUCAGUCUGGCUGCAGAGGGAAGCUAGCUGGCUGGCUGGCCUGUUCCACUUCACACCCACACAGACAGACUGGCAAGUCCAGUUACCGGUCUACAUCAACAAUCCCCUCCAGUUUGUCCGUGACCCCCACCCCUAGCAGAUCUCCUUGACACACGCCCCACAGCGCCCGAGCCUCGGGUCUAGCCAUGCCAGGUCCGGUGGCCGGUAGCAAGUCCCGUGUGUACGCAGACGUCAACACGCUGAAGAGCCGGGAGUACUGGGACUACGAGGCCCACGUACCCAACUGGAACAACCAGGAGGACUACCAGCUGGUUCGUAAGCUGGGCAGAGGGAAGUACAGCGAAGUGUUCGAGGCCAUCAACAUCACCAACAAUGAGAAGGUGGUGGUCAAGAUCCUGAAGCCGGUCAAGAAGAAGAAGAUCAAGCGAGAGAUCAAGAUCCUGGAGAACCUGCGAGGGGGGACCAACAUCAUCCGACUGGUGGACACAGUCAAAGACCCGGUGUCCAGAACUCCAGCGCUCGUCUUUGAAUGCAUCAAUAACACAGACUUCAAGGAGUUGUACCAGAAGUUGACAGAUUAUGAUAUCCGUUUCUAUAUGUAUGAACUACUGAAGGCUCUGGACUACUGUCACAGUAUGGGAAUCAUGCACCGUGACGUAAAGCCCCACAAUGUGAUGAUCGACCACCAGUUGAGAAAGCUACGCCUUAUAGACUGGGGUUUGGCAGAGUUCUACCAUCCGUCCCAGGAGUACAACGUCAGAGUGGCGUCACGAUACUUCAAAGGCCCCGAACUCCUGGUGGACUACCAGAUGUAUGAUUACAGUUUAGACAUGUGGAGCUUGGGCUGUAUGCUGGCCAGUAUGAUUUUUCAGAAAGAGCCUUUCUUCCAUGGACAAGACAACUAUGACCAGUUGGUGCGAAUUGCGAAGGUUCUGGGGACAGACGAGCUGUUCGGCUACCUGCGUAAAUACCACAUUGAACUGGAUCCGCGCUUCAAAGACCUGCUGGGACAGCAGAGCAGGAAGCGCUGGGAACAGUUUGUGCAGACGGAGAACCAGCACUUGGUGAGUCCUGAAGCUCUGGACCUGCUGGACAAGCUGCUACGCUACGACCACCAACAGAGACUGACGGCCACAGAGGCCAUGGAACACCCCUACUUCUACCCAGUAAUAAAGGAGCAGGCUCUGUCGAACUCGGACAACAACCUGGUUUCCAGUGGCAACACUACAGCGCGAUGAAACACAGAAGUGGAAGAAGAAGGAUGUUUGUUACCUCAACUUUGUACCCGGUUGUGACAGUAACUUUGACAAGUGUACAGUGACAAUGGAUCAAAGUAACUCUGACCAGUUACACUCACAGAUAUGUGCAUACAGAUACACACAUCUACACACACACACACACACACACACACACACACACACACACAACGAUGCAAGCACACCCUCUGUACAAACACACAUGCAGACAUGUAUACAUACACCCUCCUCCUCUGUAUCAGUCUGCGAUUGGCUUGUCCUGGUUCCCUGUCCAGCAGUCUGACCAGCAAGCUUGAAGCUGCUCCCCCAUCGUCCCCCAAAUCGUCUUUUUCCUCCCAGCUCAGUCUCAUGUAGGUCAACGAGGACAAACUACUUUUAAAGACAAUUCAGUCCCUCCUCCUCUCUCUAUCAUCCCUCCUUUAUAUCAUCCCCUCUUUGUUUGCAUCAGCAUGGAGAAUGAACAGGAGUGUGAGCCUGUACAAGUCCCGACCCCCUCCCCCCCCUCUCGACCUGUUCAUCCAUCCAUCUGUCUGUCCCCCCAUCCUGUACCCCAACAGACAGACAGACGUCUUAGCACUACUCCAGUUCUGAAAGUGGCAUGGUGGACUCUCUAGAUAGAAUGAUGAUGAUAAUAAUAAUAAUAAUAAUAUUAAUGAAAAAUAAAUGAUUUUUAUUUAGAUGAA